AUGAUAAUCAUCAUCAAGUGUUCAACCUGCACAACUGUAAUGAUGUAUGUCUUCGGCACCCUAUUUGCCAUUCAGCUGCUCUCUGGGUUUUCAGAGGCAACAGGGAGCAGCAUAGUGGGUGGUAAGGUUGCAAAGGCUCACUCCAAACCCUACAUGGCAUCACUGCACGUCAAUGGAGGCCACACAUGCGGCGGCAUACUAAUCCGCGAGGACUUUGUUCUCACUGCGGCCCAUUGCAAAAAUGAGUCAAUAGAGAAAAUGACAGUUAUACUUGGAGCGCACAACAUAAGCAAGCACGAGAAAAGCCAGCAACGGAUCCACGUGGCAGAGUUCUAUCUUCAUCCACGCUACACCCCUGGAGGGUACACCAAUGACAUUAUGCUACUUAAGUUGGAACGUAAGGCCACGCUGAACAGAAACGUCCAAUUUAUUGUUCUACCAAAGAAGAAUGGGAAAAUUCCGGCCCAAACGAAAUGUGUCGUUGCUGGCUGGGGCCAAACUGAGAAAGUGCCCACUUCUGAUGUACUGAAGGAGACCACCGAGAAGAUACAGUUCAAUUUUGAGUGCAAAAAUAUUUGGCAGGAAAUAUUUCAUUCAGAUCACAUGAUAUGCACCAGGCCCGACAAGAAAGGAGGGGUUUGUUGGGGAGAUUCCGGGGGUCCGUUAAUCUGCAACACUACGGUUCAAGGACUAGUGGCCUUUGUCUACCAAGAUGACUGCAGUAAUCGCACGAUUCCGCACGUCUUCACCAAAGUUCACCCCUUCCUUCCUUGGAUUAAGGAAGUGAUGCAAAGGAAGGUUGUGGUGUAA